AUGUUAUCUGAUAAUUCUAAGGGAGGCUCCCAUCUCCUCAGUUUCAAUAGUUCUAGCCUGGACGCCCAUACAUUCACCCCUCACAACGGACAUUGGACAUCGAAACCGUCCCACCGACCUUCUCCGCAGUUGGUCGAAUUCGAAACGUCAUUCAAAAGUGACUCCCUGGGCUCGUGCUGUAGGUCGCUCGGAGGUGAUUGUGUUUUUGAUAUUCUCUCCCAAAAUCAUCCUUCCAUGGAUGACUUCCGUUUUGUUUCCUCCCUACUUGUUGUUCAUUUUCUGCAAAAACUUAUGACUGUGCCACGAAAUUCAUGGAUACGUCAUCCACACACGUGUGUCGAGUCGUACGACCCAAUAUGCGUUGCUUAAGCCGCGUAUGUGCAUGCAGUUGCCAUAGUUGAAAAUGCUGCUGCAGGGUAUCCGACCUAGAUGGAACCGGUGAAACUUCUUUAGGUUGUUUGUACCACUCUAAAGGAUCAGGUUGUGGAAGGGCUCUCUUUUAAGUCGACGGGAGAUGAAUGCUUGGGUCGCCUUCUUUGAAUAAUGGUCUGUUUUUAUUAACUGUUACGUAGCAAUGACCUUAGAUCUGCCAGAUCGCUACAUUUGGGGGAACUGAACGCCACAAAUCGUGAUGCUAGGCAGGCGAACUUUAUUGUGGACCCUCGCACUAACCUCGUAAUUUAGGCUUCUGAAUCUCAGUUAAGCCUGGUGUUGACCUGAAGUACAUCUGCUGAUAUGUAAGGUAGCUUAGAGGUGUCCAGUAAGUCAAAGCAGUUUAUGCGGCCAUGACCGACCACUCCUUCUAUGAGUACGGUUGGUUUGUUUGACGGAAGACACGAACGUCAUGCAACACCUCUCUACUUGUCGUUUUUUGAUAUAAUAUUCACAUAUAACUCGGUCCUAGCUAUCGGCUGCUCAUAAAUAACUGCCCCCGGACUUGCGGAGGACUUCAGGACAAAAAAAGCAGCAGAACGUUUGAAUGCCAUGGGACCCGUUAGCAACUUACGCCCUUAGAGGUCCUCCUUAUUCAACUGGCUGCCGAAUUAUCUAACUGCUACGAAGUAUUGCAAGACAUGUAUUGUCACGCGUGAUGCGCUCAAAGUUGAAUAAGCCAAUGAUUUGCCGGAACUUUAUUGUUCAUAGAUCCAUGAGGCCGUUGCGUUGGCAAAUAAAGCUGGCGCCAGUGUCAUUACCUAAUUACUUGCCUGCAGUUUACGAUUGCUCAUGUGUUUGCGUAGAUUACGAACCCACGUCGAAGGGCGUUGGCUCUGACGUCUGUUCAACCUCGCACCUACAGUUGCGUAGGUCAGAAAAGAGAAAACACGAGUUAACGGAGUUUGCCAAUAAUAUGAAUGCUACAAGAAAACCGUGGAUCAUGGUCAGCCUGUAUGUCUGGCAGUUCGUCGACUGGUGUAGAGUUUCCCUGCUUUAUGGUCAUUGGGCUUUGUAAUCCAAAGCUUUAACCGCUUGACUACUCCCUUUUUAUAUGGGGAAAGAUGUUUCAAUAAACUGCUGUAUUGGGGUCGUUUUUAUUGCAUGCUGCAAUCUAGCAUAGUCCAUGAAAGUUCGAUGGUUUGCUGUCACUGUUUGUCAAAUGAACAGAAGUUGACGGUUACACGAGUUCACCGACGCAGUAUUCUCCGAUCAUAGGGUGUCAGUUUGUUUGCUUGUGAUGGCUAUAACUGGAGUUUCCUAUUAGCACAGUUAAAUUAAUCGGAUGUAAACGUAUCGUCGCACAUGUCCUCACAAGCUAUACUGACGCUCCUUACAGUAGCCGCUCCGACCUCUGCUGUAUUAGAUGGGAUUACCACCACCAGCAGCACAUAGUCAUCUUCUGGAACAUUUCGGAUUGCUAUACGCGAAAAUGCUUCCCAUUCACGACAGAAUUUUCUAGCUUAUGAGUCUUGGCUAAAUUUGCGCUCGUGACUAUCAAAGUAUCAGGCUAUAGGAAAGGGCUCUAUUAACCGUCGGUAUUUGUAAUCCAAAUACCAAAAGCGCAAAUGUGAUACUGGAUCGUUUACCUUGGUGUUGAGGGCGGUUUUCAGUACCAAUUUAUGGAAUCUUUGUUGUAGCUUAGAGAGAAGUCUGCGAAGUCAAGUAACCAAGUGAAAAUUAUUUACAAAUAUACAGCGGUCCUCAAAAGAUUUGCCCCAACGUCCUAGUUUCCGUCUAAUAAUUGCCGGUUAGAUCGUAUGAAUCCCCGAGGUUUAAGUCGGCCAGGCAGAUUUUCGUGGAACAUCUAGAAGCAGUAUAAGAAACGCGACAUGCAGUCGUCAGUAAUUCCUGUAUGCAGUCGUGUCUGGCAAUGCUUGUAGUCGGCAAUUAUGUGGCUCAUUACUUUCCGGCGCGUUAUCUGGCCUACUCAAGCCGUUCGUAAUGUCAUUGUCACCGUCUAGAGGUUCGGCUAGAUCCUGCAGUAAAAUCCUGUGCUUUUUCAAGGCAAUUCGCCGUUCAUGAGCCUCCAGUAGUCGGACAACCAGCUAUCAGUUCCGCACUCCAGACACUCUCCAAGUGUACUUUUGUGAAGCAGCCCUUUACGGCAAUAUGUGGCCGGAUAUAUUGUAGCUGGUUCUCAGUCACGAGAGGGACCGAGUGGCAUUGUCAUUUGACAAACCUCCAGUCCACGACUCAGCGUGUCGUUAUAGAUCCAAGCACGUCAGAGUAAUUAUAGUGAGGAGUGCGCUGCUGGGUUUCGAGGAAGGAUUCCCCAACGUCGGCCUGACUCUCUCGUCCAUGCACCAGUCGGCUGUCCAUGUCUGUCUGGCAAUGAACAAGUGAACUGGUGGUGGUGGCUAUCCACACGAAUUGGUUCCAGUUUCAUGUAGCAGGCUGCUUCCCAGCCAAUUGUGACGCGCAUGUUCCAUCAUGCGACAGUUUGUCAGCGCUGGCAUACUGGGUCGCAUGCUUGCGGCAGAAGUGAUGCAUGGCGUGUUGCAGAGGACUGUAACAGCCGUGUGUAGGUGCCUCAAUCACUGGCUCGCCGGUCUGGGACUAGAAGGUCCGAUCGUCAUGAGAACCGAUUGGAACUGAGUCGAUAUUGCUCAAAGAAGGGGUAGUGACAGGCAAAAUGGCAGGAAUGUCCCCAAGACGAGGCAUAAAGAGCAUGAUACAGGGCAAAUCUAAACACAAGAUAGCAGUAAUGAGAUCUCGCAGUUUACAGCCGGGAGGCGUAUCUCAUGAAACCUUAACCAAAAAGCUGUCAUAUAGUGUCGGUUCAGUCACGCCAGGAUGCCGGCUCUGGAAUGCACACCUCAGAUGCCUGAGGAAAUGACACUAACAAAAUUGCUUAAGUAAUACUGACUUUAGGUGCUCAUGUAGAUCUAGACAUGUCUUAUAGAAGACAUACAAGAUAUACUUCUUAUUCCCAUUUUGUAGCAGAUGUUACCGUUAAUUUUCCUUUUGUACGGAGCGGUGUCUCGCUUUAAAAUACUGUAAUUAUGGAAUUUGGCAAGACCGUCAAAUGUCUGCUCAAGUACCGUCUCGUCUGCCUAUUUACUAAUGCUCCUUAUGAAGUGUGCAACACGGCCCAUAUUCAUUGCGGAAUUUUAUGAGUUUUGCAUUGUAACUUCUUAGUAUCAUAACAGAGCGUGACAUUUAUCAGAUAAACACUGUACAGUUUGUGGUUCGGAAGUCCUAACGCAAGUAGAGCGGCAGGUUAGAUUCAAAAGGGUUUUAAAACUGGAGGAUGUCCUUUCCCCGGUGAAAAAAAACGAGGGCGCAAUUUAUUGCAAAAUGGAUGCUUUUGUGCAUGCUUUCUGUAGAAUGUAUUCGGAUAUAUACAGGCGUUAAAGAUCAACAAGAAAAACUUUCUAUUCGAGUAGUCAUAUUAGCGGGUGUGAUUUUUGCAAAUGGCUGUCAAGAAUGUACGUUUAAAGGCCAACAUCAUGACGCGACCAAAAUAUUCUGGGCGUAUGCUGUGUAAUACUCAUUACAAUGAUCUUACCUAACCGAAAUUACAUUUAAGAAUUUCGGCUGUUUUUUGGGAUAUGCCACUUACUGUAAUGAGCGCUCCCUGUGACCUCACAUUGCUCCAUUGUUUUGUCUACCACUGUCGCGUUUUCGUUGUGAGUAAUCCAGUCGGCGGAUCCGCAGUUUUUUUCACGAGGUUGUUUCUCCUAGCGAUUUGACUCUUUUAAGCUUACCCGUAAGUGAGCAGUGAUAAAAAGGACUUAUCUAACGGCCGUUCAUGGUCUCAACGCCACAGGGCUAUCUGUGUGCCUUACCCUAGCCCUUUGUGGCCAGGUGACGUUGCUUCUGCUUGCCCAUGACAGACUACAAGAGUGAUUUCAAAUGACCUCAUGAAUGACUAAACCAAUUUGCUUAAUCUCGGCCCACUUUUGCCUCUUUGUUGUUCUUUAGGAAACUGAAAAAAACUUUAUAUAGGCAAGUCUGAUAACUCCAGCAUAGCAUUAUUCAACAUUGGGCGUUUGAUGCGAUGUCCAGGCAGUCUUGCUCGACUGGAUCUCUGGGAGCAAAUCAGGAGUGGUAUUGUUGUACUGAAUCCUGCGAACUACAGCAUGGAUAGCCCCUUAAGUCAAUAUUGCUUUUUAGAUGUCUUGGCUGGGCAGACCAUUUACUGGAGAUGCCGGUAGAGCGCCGCCACUUUGCAUUCUACAAGGGGAAGUCAGCGCAGGCUGAAAGCUGUCACAUUGCCUGAGGAUAAGGGGUUCAAGACAACAGUUUCCGCAAUGUUUUAAGUGUGCAAGUGAACGGUCGAGUUCUCAGGGCUUGAGUUUCUAACUGGCAGAGAACUUUUGAAUGCUUCACCGUGCGCGCGUUAGUGGGGUUUCGGGAGUAGGCUCAGUUCCACAAACAAUUGAGCCCAUAAUUCCACCGAAUAUUUUCUUCCUUACCCGUGUUUUUUCGUCAUUCACAUGUUUCCUCCUCUAGUGCCAGACGCAUGCACUCGAAUGUUCUUAGUUCUGUUGUUCCACGGCUUGUUUGCGACUUUAUUUCAAAUUCAAACGGCACCAAGGGGAUGACUCACAAAAAUCGUUUUUGCGUCAGAUGGGACUACCGGUAGAUUUUCAGUUAUCUGUGCUUGGCUGUGCAUUUGAUAAAUUCGUGAAAAAAGCAGCCUGAACUGAGUCUUAUUUUUUCCUUUUCCGUUUUAGCGUUAAUUAACAAUGUCUGCUAG